CCACGGCCAUUUUCGUAUCUCAUCAGCCGACCGCCACCUCCUCUUCUCUUCGAACCAUCCACACCAACAGUCAAAAUGGCGCCCUCAGCAACCGGUGGCAAGAAGCAAAAGAAGAAGUGGUCCAAGGGCAAGGUCAAGGACAAGGCCCAGCACGCCGUUGUCUUCGAGAAGAGCACCCUUGAGAAGCUCAACAAGGAUGUCCAGACCUACCGUCUGAUCACCGUUGCCACCCUCGUCGAUCGCCUGAAGAUCAACGGCUCCCUUGCCCGCAAGGCCCUUGCCGACCUCGAGGAGCAGGGUCAGAUCAAGAAGGUUGUCAGCCACUCCAAGCUGAACAUCUACACCCGCGCCGUCACCGCCGAGUAAACGUCCCGUUUCCUCUCGUCCUUUCUCGCGG